AUGGAAGAAUUGUCAAAAGAAUGUACUACUGAGUCUAUACAAAAGAUGAUCGAUGAAAUUGAGUCAAUACAAAGUCAAAUAAAUGAAGCUGUUAAGAAAAUAAACAACGAAAAGACAACAUUGAAUAAAGAAAAGCAAAAGGCAAUUAAGAAAAUAAAGGAUUUUAAAGCAGAGGUUUUGAAACAAAUAGAUACUUUUGAAAAAGAAUCUAUACAGAAUAUAGAAAAAGCAUUGACUGAGUAUGUAAAAAAGACCGAAACGGACCUAUCAGAAGCAAAGAGACGUCUGUCCAUGAGGAUUGAUUGCUUAGAAUCAGUACUACAUGAGACUGAACCGAGUAUGAUAAAGAUAUUUGAAAUCAAGGAAUGUCAACUAGAGAUCACAGAAACGCGCGAGGCAUUGCACAAGCUUAAGAUACAAAUCCCAGAAAUAGAAUUUCUCCCGAACGAUAAGCUGCUUAAUCUUUUGUCGGAAACUAAAUCUCUUGGAGCAUGUCAGCUUAACUUCAGGAGAGAUCCAACUAUAUUGUACGAAAUUGCAGAAAAACGAGAGACACGAGUGGUGCCAGAGAAAAGCAAUAAUAAUUGUAAUAUAACAGGAUUAGUGGUAUUAGCCGAUGGAUCUGUUUUGCUCGCAGAUCGAAGCAACAAGAAAUUGAUACGUCUCGGGGCUGACACAUACGCUAUUAAAAAUACAAUCAAAUUUUCAAGUGAACCAUGGGCAGUGUGUACCGUUAACUCCACAGAAGCAGUUGUAAGUUUCCCAGAGGAACAAAAGAAUAUAAAAUUUAUAAACGUUACGAACAAAAUUAAGGUUUCGCGAACCAUGAAGCUUAGACAUACGUGUCGUGGUGUAGCAUUUGAUGGAAAUGUACUGCUGGUCACUGACCAAGGGGUAUUUAUAUAUGUUUAUAAACUAGAUGGAACACUUUUAACAAAAUUUAGCAAGGACGGUCAUGCAGAAUCACAGCUGACAGACUUUUACGCAAUAGCAGUGAGAGAUGAUUUAAUAGUGGUUGCUGACUGGAAUGAAGGUUUAUUGGCAUUUGACACAAGUGGGAAAUUGAUUUGGAAACAAAAUGACCCGGACCUGAAGAGACCUAGCGGAGUUUGUUUUGAUGAAACAGGGAAUAUUCUAGCCUGUGGAUCUCAAUCAAUUAAUGUGAAACAAAUUAACAGAGAAGGGAAGAAGAUAGGAGAAGUGGCCAACACUUCAAACGGACUUGUAUAUCCAACUUCUUUGUGGUUUGACAUAAGAAAAUCACUGUUGAUUGUAUCUCAGCAAGAGGCCAAUACUGUUGUAUAUCGUGUGCGUUAG